CAGCUUCUCCUCUAAAAGAAUCCCUGCCCAGCUGCUCUCUAAUUCCCUUCCGCCAAUGCUCUUCACUCCAGAACAAAGGAGUUGGUCCAUUUUAAUCCAAGAAUUGCCCCCAAAGUGUCCCUUUUCACCGCCACCAGAAAGAGACAAAAGAGUUGGGCCAUUUUUAUCCUAUAACUCCACCUUGCUGCUGCUAACAACCUUUUGUUAGGAAAAGGAAGCUCGUUCAAGCCAGUUUGAUUUGGGAUGGGUCAUUGGUCGUACCACUUGUGGUAUCUUGCUUGCGCAUCAAUCUUUUCUUGUUUCUCCACCUAAAAUAUAUCAAAAUUCUAACAUAAGGUGGUAAUAGCUUUGCAACCAUUCCAUAGUCAAUUGGCUCUUAAACAAACAUUAUAUGUGCCAAACAUAUCAUGUAAUAAUCACAUUAAGCACACAAAAUCAAUAUGUUUUCGAUAAAUCUCAGAUGUCGUAUUUCCUUUCUCGUAUCUUUCUUUCUUUGGUUAUGUUCCCUUUAGUUAUCUUGUGUUAAGUGUUUGUUUGCUUUUUGUUUUCUUUUCUUUGCACACUUGUGCUUUCAUAGGUUGUUUUUGUCUUUGAGAAUAUAGAUAGUGUUUAGGUGUAGCUAUGGAUCCAUAUUGGUGGAACGAGGAGUGGGGAGACCACCAACUGCAGAAUUGGUGUUAUCUUGAAGCUUCUGGUAGUGUUUCUAGCCAAGGAUCCGAGUGUGAAGAACCAAACCCCUUUAUGUGAUCAUCAAGAGUACUUUCCCUAUUAUCAAGCCUCGCCAUCAUAUCAAAAAGAAUUCCUUCCACAAUCGAAGCCAAAAAGCCAAUUGGAGCUUUUGGUGGAGCGAUUUGUCCGGGAUACCAAAGUAAGCUCCGAUGUGGAAUCCUCAACCACCACACCUGUCGACUCAUCCCUUUUAAGGGCAUCGGAGGAGAUUCUUUGAAAACAGAGAGACUAGGAGAGGUUGUUCGACAAGUAUGUGCACAACUAGCUCACAAUCGACCCUUACCCGUCAAAGAGGAGAAGAAGGUCGAAGAAGAAAAGGAGGAGACCAUAGGGACAUCUUCCGUCAUAGGAAGGCCCAGUCCUGCUUUUCAAAAAUUCCUCAAUGAGAAACGAGAAUUGGACGAGACUUAGUAAGCAAAGAUGAGAGAUCUUAUGCAAAUUCGUUUUAGACUCGCUCAAUUGCGCCUCCGUGAUGCUAACGAUGAAGAGGAAGAGGAGGCAGAAGAAGAGGAAGAGGAAGAGGCCUCCACGAUGAACGAGCAAGAGGACAAAGAAGAUCCAUUAAUUGAAGAACUUGCUUGUAAAACCAUCAUUGCUCCUAAACAUCAAGAAGAAGAAACUAAACAAGGGAGCAUUGAUGGGGUUGAGAGGAAGGAGGAAGAAAGUAAAGAAGAGAAAGAGUUUGAUACUCAACAUGAGAAAAACACUUCACUAGAAGGAAAGGAGUUUGAAAACGCAAUCGGAGUCCAACCAAUGGACAAGGUCGAAGUGGAUGAAGCUUCCACAAAGUAUGCGUACUACUCAAGCUUUCCCCGACCUUGAUACACUCUUAGAUAACGAUCCUUUUGCGGGUUCUCUUUGCCAAGAUGAGGCCACGGUAUCAUCAAUCCCUCUUGGUGGAUCCGGUGAUGACCCUUCAAGAAUUCUUGAUUUGGUUUGAGGCAAAGAGAAACGAAGAAAAUUUGAAUAGAGGUUUCAUUGGAGGUGUCUCAAGCAACUACAUCUACAUGAGCCUUCACCGAAUGAUCGGGAGACCGAUCAAGACUUGAGACUCCACUUGACCGAUGAAAACUUCAACUUCAAGGAGGUCUUGAGCUGGACUGAGUACUUGAAGACAACGCUCUGGUGAAACGACCGAAAAGACAUGCUAGUUGGUAGGCACCCCAACAUAAGUUUGCAUAUCUUUCUUCUUUUUGCGACUCUUCUGCUUAGAUUAUAUAUUAAAUUAGUUAUUUAGAU